AUGGAGGUGGGGGCACGUGCUUUGGAUGUGCUUCCACUCCUCCAGGAGCGAGUGGCUUCCCUCACCGGUGGCAGAGACCGUCGUGGAGGACCCAUUAUAUGGUUCCCAGCUAAUUCACGCCGUGAUAGAGUAGCGCCCGACGAUUAUCGACGCUUAUUGCACUAUCUCAUCAACAUACCCAGCGACAAUUUAAGAUCUAUAGGGUUCACUAUUCUAAUUGAUAUGAGAGGUUCAGCAUGGGCAGCCAUAAAGCCUAUACUGAAAGUUCUUCAAGAGCAUUUUUCAUCAUCCGUCCACCAAGCACUUGUAGUUAAGCCGGAUAAUUUCUGGCAGAAACAACGCACAACCAUUGGAGCACAUAAAUACAAAUUUGAGACAACGAUGAUAAGCUUAGAAGCACUGCCCAAAGUAAUAGAUAGCUCACAAUUAACACCAGACCUAGAGGGCACUCUUCAAUAUGAUCAUGCACAAUGGAUAGAUCUGAGAUUGGCAUUGGAAGAGCUAAUGUGGCAGGCUGGCGAGCUCUUGGAUCGUUUGGAUGACCUACAAGAAGACGUGGCUCGUGCUGACUUCGCUAACGACGUGAGUGGAGCGAGGCGAGCUAUUGACAAUCACGCCGAUAUCAACAAACGCCUCGCCAAAAUGCCUGUCGACGAACUAGAGGCUCAAGGUGAGCUCGUGGUACAACGCUUGGAAUCAGCUGCUGCGGCUUGUACAGAGGCUAGCGGUGCCGCUGUCGAGAGUACAUUCCAUUGUGGAUCCCCGGGGGCACUGCGGGCCCAACUAGCUGCUGUACGGUCGGCGCAUCAGCACGCGCACAAGCUGUGGCAACAUAAGAAGAUGCAGCUCGACCAGUGCUUCCAAUUAAGGCUGUUCGAACAGGACUGCGAGAAGAUGUUGGAAUGGAUUGUGAAUCAUCGUACGGCGUUUUUAUCUACAUACGUUGAAAUUGGACGUUCCUGCGCAGCGGCUAAACGUCUUCAAGAAGAACAUGCUCGUUUUGCCGCUGCUUGUACGGGUGGUGGUAGACCAAGUGUGGCGCGAGUCACAGCUGCCGCAAGACGUCUCGCUGACAAAAGACACUACGCAGAACCAGAAAUAACAGCCCUCGCUCAUCGCCUUGAACGAGCAUACAAACAACUUUCUAAUGGUCUAGAAGAGCGUUCAGCAGUACUAUCGCUAUCCGUGGUAUUUCACCACAAGGCGGAGGCCUACGCGAGUGCUGUAGGUGGUUGGGGCGCUCAAUGUGCUGUGGCCCUUCAACUGGCUACAGGCGGUCCGGGCGCUCCGCCCUGCUCAGACCCUCGCGCGCUCGAACAACACACGCAGAGACACAGACAGCUGUACGAACAUAUGUGCCAGGCUUAUACUGAGGUUCAUUCGACAAGCAAGAAACUGCUGUACCAACUUGACCACCUCGUACAAGUUUGUCAUCAGACGGAUCCUGCGGAUAUGAGUGAGGGCUCUAUGAGUUCAGCGGGUGGUAGCGGUGGUGACCCGGCCGCUGACUACAGCUCGGGAGCAAACCACGUACUGGCUGUCAUACAUCAGAUAUUAGGCCACCACCGCGCACUAGAAGCGCGCUACCAUCAGGCACGACUUAAAUUGCAUCAGCGACUUGCCUUGCUAUUGUACAAGGAAGAUUGUCGGCAGGUGCUCGACUGGCUUGGCAAUCAUGGUGAAAAGUUUCUCAUGAAAAACACUGGAAUUGGAAGGAAUCUCCACAAAGCUCGAAUGUAUCAAAAAUCUCAUGAACAUUUUGAAAAUGUUGCCCAGAAUACUUACACGAAUGCAGAGAAGCUGCUAUCGGCUGCUGAGGAAUUAGCGAGGUCGGGCGAGUGUGAAGCAGAGGAAGUUUUAGGCGUAGCUCGGGAACUAGAAGCGCAUGUAGCGGCCUUCGCAGCCAGGGUCGACCGACGACGAAGAAGACUGGACCUCGCUGUGCUCCUGUAUACACAUGAGAAAGAAUUGAUUCAAUGGUUGGAGACUCUGCGAGGUGGUGUCGGUGGUAGCACGAAUGAUGAGAGUCCAGAGGCGGCGCGUCGGGCCUUGGAGCAAUGCGCUCAACACCGGGCAGCUUCACUCGAGGCAUGCGCUGCUACCAUCGCACACGGAGAGGCUUUGCUGCAAGAUCUAAGGUCGUCCGGAGAAACGGAGGCAGCGAGCACAGCGGCGGUAGAAUCUACCUUGGAGAGACUUAGAGGAACACGAAGUGCUCUUGAAGAACUGUGGUCCGACCGUGAGAGAAGACUCGAAUUAACACUGCAACUGCGGCAUUUCGAGAGAGAUGCCCUCGAGGUGUCGUCACGUUUGGAGCUAUGGGGUGAAGAGUUACAGCGCACGGAGCCGCCUCGGGACCCGCAGCAGGCUGAACAAGCACUUGCAGCACACAACGAAAGCGUGGCCAGGAUGCAACACGCAACCUUCCAAGUGGUCCAACAAGGGCAGGAACUGGCGGCCGCAAUAGCUGAGGCGUCAGAUGUGAUGGCUUCUAGUUCCGACAGCUCGGAGGGAGCUCCUAUGGAUGCUCAAGCUCGCGUUCAACUUCUUCUGGAGUUCUUGCAUGAUAGACAAUUGGAUUUGGAAGAACUGGCUGAAGAGCGUCGUGCACGUUUCGAGCAAUGCGUUCAACUUGGUCAGUUCCAAAAAGACGCAGCCCAAGUCGUGAGUUGGAUAAGAAAUGGUGAGGCGAUGUUGUCAGCGUCGUUCUCAAUACCCGGAACACUAUCUGAAGCGGAGCAGCUGAAACGAGAGCAUGAUCAAUUCCAAGUAGCUGUUGAAAAGACCCACGCUAGUGCUGUGCAGGUUAAAUACAGGGCGGAUGCUCUUCGCGCUGCGAACCACUACGACCCACACACUAUAAGAGAGAUAUCUGAAGAGGUGACAGAGAGAUGGCAGCGUCUGGUGACUUGUGCGGAGGAACGUCACAAGUUGGUGACGGCUUCGUUGAACUUCUACAAGACAGCUGAGCAAGUCUGCUCUGUACUAGAUUCUUUGGAGCGCGAGUACCGUCGCGAUGAGGACUGGUGUGGUUCAACGAACGCACCGGCCGCAGCCGCCUCCGUCUCCAUCGCCUCCUCAACAACUACAAUAUCGACCUCCGCCUCGUUAGACAUGGACGAUGUACACUCACAGAACCUGGAUAAGGCUUCACAGGUUGCGGCGUUGAUAGUGAAGCACGGCGAACAGAAGGAGGCGUUCCUGAAAGCUUGUACUCUAGCUCGUCGUACCGCUGAGACGUUCCUAAAGUACGCGGCUCGUUCAGCGCAAGUCCACGGACAGACGGCGGCCGCUAGCAAGGCUCACCACGAGCAGACGCGUGCUAUACUAGACACGCUACUGGCUCAAGAGAAUAAGGUCCUCGAGCAUUGGACGGUCCGUAAGAAGCGUCUCGAACAGUGUCAGCAGUUUGCUUUAUUCGAGCGCUCAGCCCGCGCUGCCGUUGAGUGGAUUCGAGAGACUCAGGAGCGGUGUGGUGCUGCUGCCGCUGCUGCUGCUGGUGGUGUAGCUCGUGAGUCAAGAGAACGAGUGCGGCUGCUGGCACAACUAGCUGAUGGACUCGUAGAGAAGGGACACCCUCACGCUGUACAGAUCAAAGAGUGGGUCGCCGCAGUCGAUGCCAGAUAUGCGGAGUUCAGUGGGUCCAUGGAAGGCGGUGAGAGCGAGGCUGAGAGUGAUUCAGGUGUAGCGGCGUCGUUGAGCUCCGGACAGACCAGUGAGACUGAAACUCGCGUUGAACAACCGCCGGCAGCCUCCGCUGAUGAUAAACGAAGGAGCGCACGUCGCAAAGAGUUUAUUAUGGCGGAGCUUCUGCAGACGGAGCGCGCUUACGUCAAGGAUUUGGAGACUUGUAUAACAUGUUAUCUGCGUGAGAUGAGAACAGACCCAGCAUCCGUACCAACAGCACUUCAGGGGAAGGAGGAGCUGAUAUUCGGUAAUAUAGAAGAAAUACAUCGAUUCCACGAGCGUGUGUUCUUACGAGAGUUGGAUAAGUAUGAGACUAUGCCAGAGGAUGUCGGUCAUUGUUUCGUGACCUGGGCGAGGGAGUUCGACAUGUACGUCUCAUACUGUAGGAACAAACCUGACAGCAAUGCGGCUGUAGUACAACACGCUGGGGACUACUUCGAUAGAGUACAACGAAGGAAGAAACUAGAACAUCCAUUGGCGGCUUACCUCAUAAAGCCGGUGCAAAGAAUCACUAAAUACCAACUGCUGUUGAAAGAUCUUCAAGCGUGCUGUGCAGAAGGUCAAGGAGAAAUUAAGGACGGGUUGGAGGUGAUGUUGUCUGUACCGAAGAAGGCCAACGAUGCUAUGCACCUGUCGAACCUUGAAGGCUGUGAUGUACCAACGGACAGCCUCGGCGAAGUUGUACUGCAAGACUCGUUCCAAGUGUGGGACCUAAGGCAGAUCAUCAAAAAGUGCCGCGAAAGACGAGUCUUCCUCUUCGACCUGCACCUACUACUGGCUAAAGAAGUCAAAGACACGCACGGAAAGGCUAAAUACAUAUACAAGACUAAAUUCAUGACAUCCGAAUUGGGAGUGACAGAGCACAUAGAAGGCGAUGAUUGUAAAUUCUCAGUGUGGACAGGCCGCGAACCGAUGGCCAGCGACUGCCGCAUAGUACUCAAAGCGCCCUCUCUCGACGUCAAGCAGACAUGGGUCAGGCGUUUACGAGAAGUCAUACAGGAAACCUACUUCAGUGCGGCUCUGCAGCAGCCUCCUCGAAGCCCGGCGCGCGCUCCGCCACCAAGCUCGCAGAGAUCGAGUCGCGACUUCGAAGACACGGAUACAGAGAAUCUGGAUCGCAACUCUCUCGCUUCAUUCGGCAGCGGCAACACUACAGACUCCGAUAAGGCUGGAGCUGAGAUGAGCUGGGUGGUAGCUGACCACUCGUCGGGAGGUGCUGGGGAGGUGUCGGUAUCUAAAGGACAGCAGGUUGAAGUGCUAGAGGCGUGGGCAGCACGACCCGAUUGGUGGCUGGUCCGUGUGGCGGGCGAGCCUCCAAUCGAAGGAGCUGUACCCGCCGCCGUGCUCAAGCCUCAGCCGCACCAGAAGACCUCACCAUCAAGACGACCACUCAGCCAGCCUGAUGAUAACACAGAAGCGUCUUCCUCGGAGCCCGGCGUGAGUGCUUGUGCUGCCAGUCCCGGUAAACACAGGAAAGGCAUAAUACCGCGUUGGAUUCCCCGGCCGAGUAAGUCGCAGGGCAAGGGAGAGAAGACCAGUGGCAACGCUAAAUCACCAGCAGCCACCGACAAGCCUUCACUGAAAAAAGUUCCCUCAGAGAAGAAGAUUAAGUUCCCGUACGCUGAGGCCGCGAGGACUGAGGACGGAGAGGGUCUGGUGACGGCCUUGGAUGACCAGGAGGACGACGCGCCCGACGUGGAACUACCACCGCCGAUGAAGCCCAUACAGGAUCCCCAGGCUGUGUUACAACAGGCUCCCAUACCAGCCGCCACGACUGCCGCUCCCGUCGCCAGGAACUCGUUGGCAAUGGACCCGCUGGAGUCUAACUCAGGCCCGGCAGAUAUAGCAGAAAUUGAGCAAAUUGUGAAGGAAAAAAUGGAGCAGCAUGGCGGGGGAGCUUCACGCGCUCCGGACGAAGAGGAGGAGGCAGCUGACUCUGAGGGAGCCGCAGCCUCGCUCAAAAAGAGGGAAUACGUCCUCAAGGAACUUUACGAGACAGAGGAAAUAUAUGUCACUGAUCUGAAACUCGUAUGCGAGGGAUAUAUGAAGCACAUGAUGGACCCGCACGCCGAGCCGCCCGUCCCCGACGGUCUGAGAGACCGACGACUGCUCAUGAUCUUUGGAAACAUUGAAGCCAUUUACGAAUGGCAUCGCGAUAAGUUCCUGCGCGAAUUGGAGGGAUGUCUGGUGGCGCCUGAGCUGCUCGGACCACUGUUCAGACGAUUCCUGGAGAAGAAGAUAGUCUUAUACGAGACCUACUGCCGGAACAAACCCGUCUCGGAGUUUAUAGUGUCCAAACACGAGAGCUACUUCCAAGAUCUGAGACAUAAACUCGGACAUAAGUUACAGCUCGGUGAUCUUCUAAUCAAGCCGAUACAGCGUAUCCAAAAGUAUCAUCUGCUUGUGAAGAAGGUGUUGUCAUACUCCGAGCUAGCCGGAGCUCCAGCGGCCGUGCUGACGUCACUAAGGGACGCCGUACACUGCACCUCAAUAAUACCUAAAACAGCCAACGAUAUGAUGGACGUAGGAAGACUUAAAGGAUUCACGGGGAACAUAGCGGCGCAAGGUAAGCUGUUGUUCCAGGAGCCGCUCGUUGUAGCAGAUAGGAACUGUUCCAACGAUAAAGGCAAGGAACUGCAUGUGUUCCUGUUUGAACAAUGCGUCAUAUUCACCGAGGCUGUCGGCAAGAAGACACAGUUCUCUGGACCCACAUACAACUAUAAAGCUCACGUUAAGGUGAACAAGAUGGCUCUGGAAGAGGUGGACGGUAGCAAUACAUUCAUAAUACACUCCAACGGCCUCGAAUACAAGCACCAGCCGCAGUCGUUCGUGUGUAGGGCGCCCGAGUCUCGCAGGCAGCACUGGGUGUCAACACUAUCCACUAUACUACAAUCUCAGCUGAUCUUCGGGGAGCGACUCGAGAACCCUGGCGCCUUCCUUCAGAGGGACGCCAAUAACUCGGGCGAUGGUUGGUGCGGGCUACGUAAGACGGAGAGUGUCCCGCCGUCUGUGGGAGGGCGUUUGGCGCCGGAGCUGCGCGGGCGCACGCAACGACCGCACGCGAAGGCAAACACUAUCAACCUACCGUCAAGCGCGAGGGACGACCACAAGAAGGUGGCACCACCGCUCACACCCACGUCGCCACACCAUAAUGUACGUACAUAA